CUCGGCAACAUGUCCCGCGUUCUCUGUUUCGGUUCUGUGAACGUCGACGAUGUAUUUAUGGUUCCCCAUAUUGUGUUGACAGGAGAAACCAUUUCCUCUUCCGAAUACAAAGUACACCCUGGAGGGAAAGGUGCUAAUCAAAGUGUAGCGCUCGCAAAGGCAGGCGUAGAUGUCCAUCAUGCGGGCCGGAUUGGAAAGGACGGCGUGUGGGUCUCAGACCUGAUGCGAUCACAUGGUGUCAAGACAGAUCUGCUGACCGUCGAUGACAAAAAGCCGAGUGGUCGGGCCAUUAUUCAAGUCAGCACUGCAGACAACGAUAAUGCUAUCGUGCUCCUGCCAGGAACAAACCAUGCCAUCUCGUUGGAUGAUGCAGAUCGUGCGAUAGCAUCCUUUGACCGUGGGGACUGGGUCGUUCUGCAGAAUGAGAUCAAUCUGGACGCAGCGAAUCGAGUCGUCGAAAAAGCUGCCGAGAAAGGCAUGAUUGUUGUCUGCAAUCCAGCACCGUGUCCAUCAGACUUUGUGCAGCGGUUCAAGUUGAACCAUGUGGACGUGCUCGUUCUGAAUGCAUCAGAGGCCAGCUCCCUGGCAGCACAGUUUGAUGUUUCGCACAUGGAGAAGAGCCAAGAUACAACCGAGCUGGAAACAGCGAGACACGCAGUGAAACUCCUUUUGCAACGUUUGGAAAAAUUAAAAAUUGCUAUCGUUACUCUCGGUGGGGACGGGGCUGUCGCUUGUGUCCGGGGUACCAAAGGACAAGUACAAACCUACCAUUCACCUGCCCUCCCUGGUGUGCACUUGGUGGACACCACGGGGGCGGGAGACACGUUUGUUGGGUAUUUCGUUGCAUCGCUAGUGAGAUCCCUCUCGGAUGACAUAACACGAACAGCAUCAGAGCUUUUGUUGGAUGCCGAUGUUAUCCGGCUUGCGUUGAAGAUGGGGACUGCGGCAGGAGGCAUGGCUUGCGAGCGGGAAGGCGCUAUGCCAAGCAUACCGCUUUGGGAAGAUGUGUCAAAGAGGUUAGCCCAUACGAAGUAGAUGGAUAUCCGGCGACUAAGCACAUGGUUGGCUUCGAGAGUCCGAGUAGCGUGCGGAUUACUCGUCAUAUCUGUAGUUUUACCUAAGAGGCUCUUAGGCAGCACAAUGUAAUGUAAUCACAUAUCUGUGUGGUGCAGUCAGGCCUGGAAGCCCUAAUGGUGGUCCAGGCUAAGGAUGGGCUCGCAAGGGGAUAACAAGAGCUUUCAGUCUUGGGAACAUGGAUGAUUGCUGGAGCUAUUACCAUUCCAGUAUAUGUGCAUGGGCCAGAUUUUCGCGCCAAAUCUUUACGCUACUUUGAUUGGCCUCUUCGUGGGCAAUAAGAACAAGAUCUGUAUCUACACUA